AUGGACACAUCGGCCAGACCACACAUUGCUUCAAAUGGAUACAUAAAUUGGGAUGGGAAAACAGGGAUGUUUCCAUUCACUGAACAAGUGCCAGCACAAAGAAGUAGCAAAAACAGAGAAAAGGGCACUAUAGAAACGAAAGCAAAACAAACCAUCACAAGGGAUAUCAUCAAGAAAAUGAUAUUAGAAGAAGUGAUGCCUGCAAUUAGAGCUACAUGGCCAGAAAACUCAUGCAAGACUAUAUGGAUCCAGCAAGAUAAUGCAAGGCCUCACAUCAACAUUGAUGAUCCAGAAUUUUUGGAAGAAGCAAAUAAGGAUGGUUUUGACAUGCACCUAAUCUGCCAGCCUGCUCAAUCUCCGGACCUCAAUGUAUUGGACUUGGGGUUUUUUAGGGCAAUUCAAGCAAUUCAACACCAAGAGUUUCCUGAAUCAGUUGAAGAGUUGGUUGAAAGUGUUCUAACCUCAUAUGCUAGUUAUGAUCCAAGGAUCAUUAACAUGACUUGGCUUCACUCAAUGUAUGUAAUGGAGGAAAUUAUGAAAGUCAAGGGAGGCAACAAUUUCAAAAAUCCUCAUAAGGGCAAGAAAAGACUUCAAAGGUUGGGUCUAUUACCAUCCUAUGUUGAAGUGUCAAAUGAGUUGGUCCUAGAUUCGAUCAAUUUUUUGAACGAAGGAAUCAUAGAAAGGGGUGAAUCAUCAAAUGCCAACAUGUUGUGA